UUUUUUGGUGCUGUGAGUGAUAUUACCCAUAGAUAGAGAGCGCGGCAUAACCUAAACUUACCCUUCUUCUCUCUGUGUGUGUGCGCAUCAAACGCAACCAGAAGCAGCCAUGGCCACUGCAAGAACUGUGAAGGACGUUUCUCCUCAUGAGUUCGUCAAAGCUUACUCUUCUCACCUCAAGCGAUCUGGCAAGAUGGAGCUGCCAGAGUGGACUGAUAUUGUGAAAACUGCAAGAUUUAAGGAGUUGGCUCCUUAUGAUCCUGACUGGUACUAUGUCAGAGCUGCUUCCAUGGCAAGAAAGAUCUACUUGAGAGGAGGACUUGGUGUUGGUGCCUUUCAGAGGAUUUAUGGUGGGAGCAAGAGGAAUGGUAGCCGCCCUCCUCAUUUCUGCAAGAGCAGUGGUGCUGUUGCUCGUCACAUUCUUCAACAGUUGCAGAACAUGAGCAUCAUUGAACUGGACACCAAGGGUGGCAGGAAAAUCACUUCCAGUGGCCGGCGGGAUCUUGAUCAAGUGGCUGGACGCAUUGUGGUUGCACCUUGAUUUGAAAACGCCAUAAGCAUAUUGAGGUUUUUGGUUUCUGGUUAGAGAGAUGUGAUGAUAACAGAUUAUGCUAAAGUUUUGAUUUUAGACUGUCUUUUAUGUAUCGGACAUGCUCAAUGUUUAUGUUGCUCCCAGUCCUUUUUAGAUAGUAUUGCUAUAUUUAAUUGAGUUUUUUUCCCCGGACAUUGUUGUUGCCUAAGUGUCAUUUACGUAUGAAAUGAAAAUUAAGGGUAAAUUAAACUGAUUAAA